AUGACCGCCCCCUCGCAGCCUUUGGUGCCCCCAGAACUCUGCGACAUCGUGGUGGAUCAUCUUCACGAUGAUCCUCCCGCCCUUGCAACCUGCGCGCUCGUCUGUCGAGGAUGGCUUCCCUCUUCGCGGAUGCACCAGUUUCACACGCUUGUCCUCCACCGUUUUCCCGAAUGGCGGGGCCAAAAACUCUCGCUCAUCUCCGACCCUUCGUCGACAAUCCUUCCGUAUGUACGCCACCUUGCGCUGGGAGAAGGCAGAGGACGUGAAGUGGACCCCUACUGGCUCGACGACGCACUACCCGGCAUCCGCGUCGACGAUCUAGAAGGGCUGGAAUGUCUCGAGCUAUUCGAGAUCAUUUGGACAUCGCUCUCGCCGGAAUCCCUCGCGCGUCUUCUUGCCCUGUGCCGCCGUCCCCGAAGCGUAGCACUGCGGCUCUUCCACAACCACAGCGUCGUCCCCCUGAUCCACCUGCUCCAAGCAUGUGCUUCGGCCGAGAAGUUCACCAUUCAUGGUAGCUUCGUGCACGGUCAUGACGACGAGAUAGCAGCUCUGGUUCCCGGUUCGUUCACGAUGUCGCCACAUUUGCGUUAUGUUGAAAUGCCCGGAUAUAUGUACCCCUUCUACAACGCCCUCCGUCGCCUUGCGCCAGAGCAUGGUAUCUGCACCAUAUACUUUGCGUCCCUCUACGCAAACAGCGCUGCAUCGGCGGCCCGUUUCCUGCAAUGGUGCGGACACACAAUCGAAGAGAUAACUCUUGACUUCCCGGAUCCACGGCUGGAACACAAUCGCACCGAGAAUCACGAAGCUCCGUUCUACGAGGUCGGAGGUCUCAAGGACAACACGUCACUCCGCACCAUCAACCUGAACGGCACUCCUCCAGGCCUUCUCGCCGUUCUGAAGCAGGUCACAUCCAAAAUCGUCGACACGGUCAGCAUCAGCCUCGAUUCUGAGUCGCCGGACCUCGACUUUGGCGCAUUCGGAGAGCCCUUCUCGAAAGGUGUUUUGGCGUCAGCGAAGCUCCGGAUAAUAGCCUCGGGCCCUGAUGUGAAGUCUCUGGUCGAAAUGAGGGACAUGUUGUACGGCAAGCUGCCUCUUCUGCAGAAGCAAGGGCGACUCGUGGUCGAGCGGGCUGGUGGACAACCCAUAGAUACCCCUGAGCCGCCCACGGACGUGGACCGGUGGGGUGCGUUCCCUAUGGUCGAUAUGGCGUUGGACCAUUACUUCGUUUCACCAGCAGUCUGA